AUGCAUGCUCUACGUCAAGAAAUUCUCCCUCCAAGCGGCGUUGAAUUUGCCACUAGCUUGAAGUUGACGCCGUCGACGCUCGCAGCACCAGUUUCUACGCGUCAUGAAUUCGUCUCUCGCGUCUUGUGCAAUCUUGUUGUCGCUCGUGCCAAUCUUUUACGGAUAUUCGAAGUUCGGGAAGAGCCAGCACCACUUCCAUUGCAGGCCAACGAUGACCGGGACCGUUCGGGGGUUAGGCGAGGGACUGAAGCAGUGGAAGGAGAAGUGGACAUGGACACGCAGGGCGAUGGAUUCAUCAACAUAGCAAAGUCUGUACCGCAAAAAAGCCCUGUCCAUGUGUCGACAGUUACGCGUUUUUAUCUCAUUCGUGAACACCACCUCCAUGGCAUUGUUACUGGCAUGGAAGGUGUCAAAAUCGUCACCUCUCAAGAAGACAAUCUCGACCGGCUUCUCAUUUCGUUCAAGGACGCCAAGAUAGCCCUCCUCGAAUGGUCGGACACGAUUCAUGAUCUCGUCACAAUCUCGAUACAUACAUACGAACGAGCCCCCCAGCUGCUAGCGCUCGAUUCACCCCUCUUCCGCGCAGAACUAAGAUGUGACUCGCUUUCUCGCUGCGCCGCACUUUCCUUGCCCAAACAUGCCUUCGCCAUCCUUCCAUUUUAUCAAAGUCAAGCAGAGCUGGACGUUAUGGAUCAAGAUCUGACUCAGCCUAGGGAUGUCCCAUAUUCGCCGAGUUUCAUUCUCGAUCUUCCAGCCCAAGUGGAUUCCAAUAUCCGCAAUGUCAUCGACUUUGUAUUCCUCCCAGGGUUCAACAACCCUACCCUCGCUGUUCUGUUCCAGACUGAUCAGACAUGGACGGGUCGUCUGAAGGAAUACAAGGACACCGUAAAGCUGAUUGUCUUCACCCUCGACAUCGCCACACAGAAAUAUCCAAUUGUCAGUUCCGUCGAAGGUUUACCUUACGAUUGUCUCUCCCUCCUGCCGUGCUCUACUUCUCUCGGAGGCGUCGUAAUCACAGCCAGCAACGCCCUCAUCUACAUCGACAAGGCCUCUAAACGCGUCGUACUUCCUCUGAAUGGAUGGGCGGCCCGAAUCAGCGACAUCCCCCUGCUUACUACCGACCCAACACGUACUUUAUUUUUAGAAGGCUCUCGGUCGAUUUUCGUCGAUGACAAGACUUUUUUUGUGAUCCUGAAAGACGGAAGCAUCUAUCCUGUAGAGAUAGUCGUGGACGGAAAAACGGUUUCGAACCUCGUGAUGUCACCUGCGUUGGCACAGACUGCUGUUCCGACUGUCAUUCGAAACAUUGGCGAGGAUCAUAUCUUCGUUGGAACCAUCCUCGGGCCCUCUGUUCUACUGAAGGCUGCUCACGUUGAAGAAGAGGUGGAUGAGAUGGAUGUCGCUCCGACUGCUGUCGUACAGGACGAUAAUGCGAUGGACUACGAGGACGAAGACGAAGAUAUCUAUGGUGUAUCCUCAAAACCAUCUGCCACUUCGACCAAAAGCGAAGCGGCCAAUGGCCAUGUCGCGCCGAGGAAGACCCGAACCGUUAUUCAUCUUUCUUUGCGUGAUUCUAUCCCUGCUCAUGGUCCCAUUUCGAGCAUGACUUUCUCACUUACGAAGAACGGUGAUCGGCCCGUGCCCGAACUCGUGGCGGCCACGGGAGCAGGCACUACCAGUGGUUUCACUCUUUUUCAACGAGACUUACCAGUGUUAACAAAACGCAAGUUACACGUCAUCGGUGGUGCUCGAGGGCUUUGGUCGCUACCCAUCCGGCAACCAGUCAAAACGAGCGGCAUUUCGUAUGAGAAACCCGCAAAUCCCUUCCAGAGCGAAACGGAUACGUUAAUUCUGAGCACCGAUGUGAACCCAUCCCCUGGACUGUCUCGAAUUGCUACGAAGGCCGCGAAGGGCGACGUUUCAAUAACGACACGUAUUCCUGGAACCACCAUCGGGGCGGCGCCUUUUUUCCAGCGCACGGCGAUUCUACACGUCAUGACAAAUGCGAUUCGGGUUCUCGAGCCGGACGGUACGGAGAGACAAAUCAUCAAGGACAUGGAUGGCAAUAUGCCCCGUCCGAAGAUCCGGUCAUGUAGCAUCUCGGACCCCUUCGUGCUCAUCGUUCGCGAGGAUGAUACUAUUGGGCUCUUUAUUGGCGAAACGGAGCGUGGAAAGAUUCGUAGGAAGGACAUGUCGCCUAUGGGUGACAAGACCUCAAGGUAUCUGACAGGCUGUUUCUACACUGAUUCAACCGGUCUUUUGGAGAAGCACUAUGAUACCAGUAUUUCACCUGUUGCUGUAACGUCGACCCUUCAAGCAGCUGUGAAUGCGGGAAGUAAUCAAACGCAGUGGAUCCUUUUGAUGCGUCCUCAAGGCAUUAUGGAGAUAUGGACAUUGCCUAAACUCACGCUCGCCUUCUCGACUGAUGGUCUUUCAACACUUCAGAACGUUCUCAUGGACUCGCACGAUGCUCCUGCGUUGUCGCUACCACAAGACCCCCCGCGGAAGCCUCAAGAGCUGGAUGUUGAACAGAUUCUUCUGGUACCAAUAGGCGAGAGUUCGCCUCGGCCACAUCUCUGCGUUUUCCUCCGCUCUGGGCAGCUGACAAUAUACGAAGUCGUUCCUGCUGGGCAGCCCUCAGAACCCUUGGACAAAAUACGACCCUCCCAUGUCAACAUCAUGUUCGUCAAGAUGGCCUCCAUAGCAUUUGAGAUCCAACGGCAGGAUGAGGGUACAGAGAAGGAGAAGAGCAUUCUCGCCGAGCAAAAACGGAUCUCAAGAACAUUCGUUCCCUUCGUCACAAGUCCUGCUCCAGGCGUGUCAUAUUCUGGGGUUUUCUUUACUGGCGAUCGGCCGAAUUGGAUCCUUGCGGGCAACAAAAGUGGGGUGCAGAUUUAUCCAUCGGGCCAUAGCGUCGUGCACGCGUUUACAGCCUGUUCGUUGUGGGACUCGAAGGGCGAUUUCCUGUUGUACACCGAGGAGGGGCCAAGUCUAUUGGAAUGGAUGCCACACUUUCAGUUCGAUACACCGCUACCAUCAAGGUCAAUACCCCGAGGGCGGCCGUACUCCAACAUCCUGUUUGAUGCAUCUACGUCGUUGAUUGUGGCGGCGUCUUCCAUGCAGGCGAAGUUUACAACGUACGAUGAAGACGGAGUGAGGAUAUGGGAACCUGACGCACCGAACAUUGCUGACCCGGUCUGUGACUGCUCAACCCUGGAGCUAAUAUCACCUGACCUGUGGAUCACGUUGGAUGGUUUCGAGUUUGCUACAAAUGAAUUCGUUAACGAUAUGGCAUGCGUCACCCUCGAAACGGCAAGUACUGAAACAGGAAGCAAGGAAUUCAUUGUUGUCGGCACUACCAUCGAUCGUGGGGAGGAUCUCGCGGUAAAAGGGGCUACAUACAUCUUUGAAAUUGUGGAGGUUGUCGCGGAUCCUGCCAUCCUGCCCAAGCGAUGGUACAAACUUCGUCUUCGGUGCCGCGACGACGCAAAAGGGCCUGUCACUGCGAUUAGCGGUUUUUCGGGCUACCUUGUUUCUUCCAUGGGCCAGAAGGUGUUUGUUCGGGCCUUCGAUUCGGACGAGCGCCUCGUGGGUGUCGCGUUCAUGGACGUCGGCGUCUAUGUGACGUCCCUCCGCACCUUGAAGAAUCUACUCCUCAUCGGCGAUGCAGUGAAGAGCGUCAUGCUGGCCGCAUUCCAGGAAGAUCCGUAUAAACUUGUUCUUCUCGGUAAAGGUCCUAAACAACAAUGCAUUACCAACGCAGACUUUUUCUUCACCAACAAUGAACUGUCGAUUAUUUCUGGGGACGAAGAAGGGAUACUGCGAGUGUAUGAGUACGGCCCCCAAGACCCUGAUUCAUAUGACGGACGGCACCUUCUCCUGCGGACUGAGUUCCAUGGGCGGAGCGAAUGGCGAACAUCUAUAACCAUAGCUCGGAGAACGAAAGACGACCCCGACAUUCCUCAGUCUAAGCUUUUGAUGGGCUCGCCCGACGGCUCCAUUACUACGCUUACGCCUGUAGAGGAACACGCGUACAAACGGCUGCAGCUUCUUCAUGGCCAGCUGACAAGAAAUAUACAGCACGUCGCUGGGCUUAACCCCAAGGCGUUCCGCAUUGUGCGAAAUGACUAUGUCUCGAAGCCUCUUCCGAAGGGAGUUCUCGACGGAAAUCUAUUAACCCACUACGAAGCCCUACCGAUAACUCGACAGAACGAAAUGACACGCCAAAUUGGGACAGAACGUGUGACUGUAUUGCGUGAUUGGAUCGCUCUCACUGGUCCUUGGUAA